AUGGCGUCUUUCAAUGAAAUAAAUACCGGCCAUGGGUCCAUCCAGGGAGCAGGCCAGCUUUCAGUCUCAUCAAAGUUGGACCUGCCUUCUGUGGAUCAAGUCCUAUCAGGCCUACCUGAUCUAUCCAGCAUACUCCCUGUCCAAGACGCUACAGUGGAUUUGAAAGAUCAAGAAGCUAUGUUCCGGGCCUUGAAAAAGAUCAUUGAGCAUGUCGAACCGACGAGCGAGCCUGGCAACAGCUUUGACCUGAAAGAGCUUCAUGCUUCUCUGGGCCAGGCAGAGGAGGAGGCACGCCUUGGUCGACGAGAUGCCACGACAUUAGAGAGUGUACACACAGCUCUGAUUCAGCUAUGGUCUUGUAAUUCAAAUCUCAUGGCUCAAGCGGCCGAAAUUCUUGCCAACGGAAGUCGAGACCCAUCAUGGAGAGCUCCAAUCGGUCAAUCUGGAAUCCUCAAAUUUUUCUUGGAAGUCAUUUCUUCGAGAGAGGAGAUCGAGCGGGGAUUGUUGCUCCAUUCUUUGCGUCUAGUUGGCAACUCCUGUGCCGACACUGACGAGAACAGAGAGAUUGUCGUAAAUGGAAAUUAUACUUUGGCCAUCAUUCGGCACUUCCUCAACCCUGAUUUGAUUAUUGUGGCGAUCCCUGUGAUCUAUAACAUCUGUAUGGAUUAUGAGCCUGCACACGCUCAAAUGGCAGAAAAUCGCUCAGCAUACAUCAUUUUGAAAUUGCUUAGAGAUGGUGCUAUCGGAGAAAAUGAAGCUCUGAUAAGUUUCUCAUAUGACCUAGUCGAGCUAGCUUCCGAGCAAGCGCAAGGAGUUGAGAACUCGCCCGAUGGAACAAUUUUGCUCCUCAUGGAACUUGCUUUGAAGAAAGAUAUUGCAUUUGAGCACUACGCGUCCAUGGUUAACUGCCUUUCCACAUAUCUGGAAAAAGAAAGAUUCCAGAAUGCUUGCAUCUCCAACAAUAUGGUGGAGAUGCUGCUUUCCGUUUUGCACAAAUCUCUUUCCGUCGAAAUCGACAACACUUCCAAGGAAGAUGUUCAAGCCCUAGCACAGUCGCGGCUGAAAAUCAAUCAGGCUUUAUCUGACGUAUCUGCCUCUUCGAUAUUUGCAGAGCACUAUCCCCUUGAUUCUACCCUAACAAAGACGUUAAAGUCGUGGAUCGGAGCUGAAGAAGACCAACUCCAGAUUUGUGCCUGUGUGAUGUUGGGAAAUUUGGCUAGAUCAGAUGAAGUCUGCAAAGUGAUGGUCCAGGACUUGAAGAUCCACGAGGAGUUGAUCGCUGUUCUCAACAGUGAUGCCCGGGGAUCUGUAUUACACUCUGCUCUAGGAUUCCUCAAGAAUCUUGCAAUUGCUGGUGAUAACCGCAGUAGCCUAGCCGAGGCUGGUAUAAUCCCCGCCGUAUCGCAUCUUUGGGCAUUCGACUCUGUUCCACAGGUGCAGUUCUCAGCCGCAACGAUUGCCCGCCAAGUCAUCAUCUCUUCAAUGGAAAAUAUUGCCAGGCUACUAUUUCCCCUCUCGGAGGAUCCUGAUUCACCGGCUAACCGACGGACGUAUUUGUCAUUACUUCUCACCCUCUUUGAGAAGUCGGAUUCCGCACCAAUCAAGACCGAGAUCGGGCGUAGUAUUGCGUCUAUCUGCCGAACUCUCACUCCCAAAGCACGUGAAGGAGACGAACAAGCACGUGGACUAUUGAGCACUCUGUAUGAAUUACAUGCAGGUGUUGCUCACCCAAUUGGCGCAAUGAUCACCCAGACCCAGUGGCCUGUUGUUCGGAGUGAAGGUUGGUUUGCGUUGGCCUUGAUGGCGAACAACCAAGCCGGCUGUGUGGCGGUAGCAGAUUGUCUACAAAACGAGGAAGUACUGGAGCUACUCAAGAAGACUGUAAGCGGCGAGUCUACUGGGGAAGAUACCGAAGAGAAGGACCAGUCUCAAGUGACUAAAGACCGAGACAAUGUGUUUGUUCUUGUGCAAGAGUUGUUGAAGAACGAGUCUGGGGCUCUCCCUGCCGGUUACCGCAGCACUAUGGAAGAUUUGGUCGGCGAGCAUGCUUUGGCGUUGAAGAAUGGCACUGUGUAG